CCAGCACAAGCAGCGCUCCCCAAAGACUUCAAACGCUUCUACGAAAAAUGGAUCCCUUCUCUACGGAAGGAGAGUUGAUGAACCUCCAAAAUUACUUCUACCAAGGCCAAUACCAAGAAGCCAUCGAUUUUGACACCGCCGGUCUGUCCCCUGAGAACAAGCUCCCUGCUCGAGUCCUCUCCCUCCGCGCGCAGAUCGCCUUGGGCCAAGCAGAAGAUGUUAUCGCAGAUGUACAAGGAGAGAAAGAUGUAGAAUUAGUUGCCGUUGGCGCGCUGGCAGAGCUUGCGGCAGGGAACGAGAGCAAGGCUUUGAAGAUAGCGGAGAAAUUGUCUACGGAGUCUGGGGAUAAUGGUGCUGUUCAAGUUCUGGCUGGUAUAGUCUUACAGGCUGCUGGCAAAAGCGAGGAGGCGCUGGCUCUACUUUCGAAUCACCAGGGAAAUUUGGAGGCUGUUGCGUUAAUCGUCCAGAUCCACCUCGAGCAGAAUCGCACGGAUCUUGCCAUUAAAGAGGUUUCAGCUGCGCGAAGUUGGGCACAAGAUAGUCUUCUUGUCAAUCUGGCAGAGUCAUGGGUUGGCAUGAGAGUGGGUGGAGAGAGGUACCAACAAGGAUUCUACGUCUUCGAAGAGCUUGCGCAGGCCCCUUCUACAUCUUCGACACAAAGCCUUAUCUCACAAGCUGUUGCCGAAAUCCAUCUUGGCAGAUUAGAUGAAGCUGAGGCCGCUCUUCAACAAGCAUUGUCCAAAGAACCAAAGAACGCAGAAGCCAUCGCCAAUAGCCUUGUAUUGAAUAUUAUUGCAGGAAAGGAUGCAAAGCAGUUGACAAGUGAACUUCAAAGCGUCGCACCAAACCACCACUUCCUCGUUGAUCUCCAAGAAAAGUCGGAAUUAUUCGACAAAGCGGCUACCAAGUACUCGGCCAAAGUUACAGCAUAAUAUCCGUUGAUGGAUCACAUGGCGUAUUGGGAGGGGCAUAGUCUGUGCGAUGCAAUUAGGGGUACAAAAUGGCAAAAUCGAAGCAUUUCAUGACCGACCAAUCACCUUCUCCAAGUGCAAGAGAAUCCCACUUAUGCUUUGCAGCGGCUCUUUCGGUCGGAUUAAGCUAAUGCUCCGGGAAUCACAAAAGCCUCAGUAUGCACAUUGACAUCACCGGCUGAUUGCGCCGAGUAAUUGAAUGCAGACUCAUUUACAGCCCCAAUGUCUCCCUUUGAGGGUCUGAGGGUUCAAGUGAAGGAG